GGAGAUAUUUGAAGCUGAUGGUGAAGUUCUGUGCAACUUACUAGGAUACUGUCCAUGAGACUCCUGCUCUGUGCAUAUGGUGUGAGGGAUCCCACUAAAACCCUUCCUCUCCUCCAGCCCUGGGCGCUGCUUACGGAACAGCCAAGAGCGGCACAGGUAUCGCAGCCAUGUCUGUCAUGAGGCCGGAGCUGAUCAUGAAGUCCAUCAUCCCUGUUGUCAUGGCGGGGAUCAUAGCCAUCUAUGGCUUGGUAGUGGCAGUCCUCAUCGCCAACUCCCUUGCACCGGGCAUCACACUAUUCAAGAGCUUCCUUCAGCUGGGCGCCGGCUUGAGUGUGGGGCUCAGUGGCCUGGCAGCUGGCUUUGCCAUUGGCAUUGUGGGCGAUGCAGGUGUACGGGGCACAGCACAGCAGCCCAGAUUAUUCGUGGGAAUGAUCCUGAUCUUGAUCUUCGCUGAAGUCUUGGGUCUCUAUGGCCUCAUUGUUGCCCUCAUCCUUUCCACAAAGUAAACACCACAGAGUAUGAUGUAAAGAAUUCAACCGACCACAUUUAAAACAAACAAGCUCCAGAAUGAAAAUGGUCUCCACAAUGUGUACAGUUGUCUUAAUUUGGUAGUGGGUUUCCUGUAAAUGCGCAAUGUGUUAGUGACUUGUCUGUCCUGUGUACUUCAAUAUUGAACUGGAUGGGCUGCCCAAGCCCAGGGCGGGCUUGGUGGGGCCUACAUGCAUCUUCCCAGCCACUUGCCAUUAGAGUAAGACUUCAUGUAUCAAUAGGAACUAGACCAUGUAACUUCUCUUCACUGGAUGUUUAUUUAUAAAAGACUUGACAUGUUCAUACAUUAUGGAGCAAGAAUUUUCAAUUUCCCAUGCUAUAUAUAUUCAUAGGUAGGUAGACUAUUACAUUGUGGGGUUAAUUGUAAGUGCAGAGAAUUCCUUGGCUGUAACUUGAUUCUAAAGAUUGCUGUAGUGUCCUGGUAUUGGAGUGAGAAUUGUUUGUGUUACUAAUACAGCAAAUGUCAAACACUCAUGUGUUUCCAGUAUGUAUGCUGCAGCAUCAGUCAUGCACCCAGUGCUGGGUUCGGCAGUUAUACAAGGUUCCAAAUAAAACUUCCUCCACUACUGUA